AUGCAAAUGUCAAUGCUUCUGUUGGCUGUUGUGUUUGCCGCAACUGUAGUCUUGGCUUUCGACAAACAACAAAUCUCAAAGAAGGCAUUUUCAUCGAAAAAAUUGAUAUCGCAGAAAUAUCCAAAACGUUUUGAGCGUUCGUUGCACGAAAAUCGCAUUGAUGAUGAUGAACUUCUCAAAGAUAAGUUCCCAAUGCCCGUCUUCUAUGGACAUCCUCAAAUUCAGUUCUCCAAUGACGCCAGGCCAGAAAGCAUCAAAUCAAGGAGUCAGUAUUACCCAAACGAUAAUGUGCUUGUGUUGAAUCGUCUCUAA